CAUAGACUUAGACACGCUGGUCAGAUCGAGGAAGCACAGGCUUCAAGUGUCCACUUGGGCAAAUGGCGCAUACAACUCAAACCCCUUUAAUUUAUCAUCUUGGUGCCCUUCUGACUAGACUCGGACUAUGAAAAACACAAGAUGCUUCUGAAGAAGGUUUGAACGCUAGGGUGAUGCCCGCAAGCGUUCGGCGUCGGGAGUUUAUGCAAAUGAAGAGAUGAAGUCGUAAACUGAUUGUACAAUACACGGCGUGACGUGCAAGUGCGGGACAAACAGUCUUGCUGCAGCAAUGUGGAACAUACAUGUUGUGCCUCUUCAGCGGCGGAAAACCACGACACCAUUCGACGAGCUUGUGUGUUCGAGCUGCUUUGAUGCCAUUAUUGCUUGGAUGAGGUUCCGAUAAUUCAGCAUGAUGAUGUUAAGCUGUCAGAUUGCGUGUUAAUCGGCUUUGAUAGAACGCACUCUACGCGUUAAUUUUGCCGUUGCGUUCGAUCUGGUGUUAACUUUGUUUUGGCAUGCUCGACGUUGCUGUACUCCGUGACGCACCAGAUGUACCCAGAUAGGUCUUCACCAAUUCGAAAAAAGAGUGGGAAGUUAGAUAUUUAGACAUUUGUAACGCAGCUAUCAUCACCAGAUCAGCGGUGUCAUGGCGGCCUCCUGCAGGGUCGCUGAUCUGAAUCAGACAGACAUGAGUAGGUCGACACAUUGUUCUAUGGUUAGUCCCUGAGACACAUAUAGUUUCUUACCAAUUUCAAUGGAUAACGGGACGUGACAGAUUUAAAUAGUGGCAUUGUAGUCUAUCACCACAUCGUCGUUGCCCCUUUCGUAGCCACUGAUCUGAUUGAAGCAAACACCAGUACGUCACCGCGGUCUUCUUUGACUCCUCGCAACAACUGCUGAGGGAGAAACUUGUCGCGUCGUAUAAUUAGGUCCCCCGCCACCUGGAUACCGCUUGCUUUCUUUUCCGCGGACAGCCGGUUGUUUGCUACGUUACUCAUUUACGCAGACGGGACCGAGCUCUUUACCCCGAAAGAGAUACCGCUUCCUUCUUACCGAUGUUCUCCCUGAAAGUUGACGACGACUUACAGACUGGUGGCAAGCAGGCUUAAGGUAUUUGGCAGAGGCGCUUGAAAAGAACACGAAAAACACGAACCCCCACGUCGCUGUCAUGCAAAAAUCAGCGCUCCCACGAGUACGCGAGAGCACUCUGCCGAAAGACUAAGAGUGACCUUUGCCUGAGAAAACCGUGCCCCGCUGUCAACCCUUGCCCUGCCUAGCCUCACCAUGCACCCACGCGAAAAUGCUUUUAAGAGCUAGAAAAUUAUUCUGUAGGCAAAACGACACUGCAGAUCCCUUUAUCUCGUUAGUAUUGAGAAAAAUGCUAGACAGCCCGCCCUCCCGCUAUUUGGUAGAGAGGCACUUGUGGGAUCGAAAAGCGCGACACUGUUCUGGUCAGGCAGCGAUGUGCGACACCGUAUCAAAAACGCUGCACGAGACGCACGAUCUUCAUCAGCUUCCGCGGGUUUUUCUCGCUUACUAUUCACACCAAUCCCAUUCGUUUGCAGCACGCCGAGGCCUUUCGCGUUGCCACCGUUUUUCGACUCCUUCCUUCCCAUUUUUCGUUCUGCGAGACCAUGGCGAGCCGGCCGGGGACAUUCUCCCUAAACACAUGACAACUGACGCCUUUUUUGCCGCUUGCAUCGUGACUUUUUCUCAUGCUGAACAAACCAGCUCAUUCUCUGUUUCUCGUGAACGUGGACCCGCCUAGAUGUAUCGGUCCUGGACUCGUUCCUUAUUCCAGUUAGCCACGAACCUUGAGUCUAGCGCCGGCUCCAACAGAUCAGUCUCGUCUCGCGGACCUGCUGCCUUUUUGCCGGCAACUCUCCACGUGGACGGGCGUCUCUUUUUUGUGCCUAUAGUUGGUAUCAUCCAUGUUGCCGUUUGCGUGAGCGGAGAGUUGGCUUUUCCGCGUGUUCACUGGAUGCAGCGCGGGCACUGUGUAGCUCGCAGUGAUUGCAGCGACCCCCAGAUGCGCAGAGUUACGUUUUCGUGCGAGUUUGGAUUUCACCGCGAUUUCACGUAUGGCUUUUUUUCUGCUGGUGUGUACCCACACUACCGGAGUCAAGAGCCGACCUUUCGUAGCGGCUUCUUCCGAGAGACCGGGUCACUUCACCGUCCUACGUGGGGAGUGCCAUCCAUGGAAACUACGAAAACUCUGAAACGGAGCGUGGAAGAUAUACAGUCAGUUUCUCUGGGGUUAGCUUGAGGCUUAUUUAAGUGGCAAAAAGAAAGGUAGAGCUGCCGUGGUUGCAAAUGCCCAGAUCUGAGUGUGCCCGCAGCGUCUGUCCAUACGUGCAGCUAACUUUUUCUGUUCUUGCAACUUACGGUCGAGAAAAGCGAAGAAAAUUGAGUGUCCGGGUUGGGGGUCUCAGAUGAAUGUCAAACUUCGGUCGCUACGCGUGUGAAUGAAGGCGUCGGCUAGCGAGCCUUUCUGUUCGGUGUGGACGCGCCAUUCGCUGGCACCUAAAUUACCUUUUUUGCUGCGAAAAAUGAAACAUGCUUGCAGUGUAUCGCACAGAGGACGAGGCUCUUGUCCACAUAGUGUCGUUUUUUUACGCGUGUUGAAAUCGCGAGUUUUCCGUGCUGGACAGACAGGAAUAACCCAAGAGACGUAAAAUACACACUUUUGGGUAAUUGUAGCCGCAGCGCUCGUGAGCGUGUUUCUGCUGUUUCUACUCCCUGGAGACCAGCAGAUGGUGUCUCGCAAGCCGCGUGCCUGCGUGUCCUAAACCUGUCUGGAUGUCUCCGCAACGAAGAGAGAGGGCAGCUUUUAUGUACCAAGGUAUGUUCACUCCAUUCCGUAUCUUGGUGAAUGCUGCCGUUGGUUUCGUGGAAAGCAAGAAUCUCCGGAUUUAGACCAAGACGCUCGAGGAAUCUGCCAUCUCGCUUUUCUAUUUUCCUUCUCGAAGCAUCGGGAACCGUCCAUUUUCGUGCUCUAAACUAAGCAUUUCGUUUCCGAACGCAGUGUCGACACCGCUCACUCUGCUUGGUUCAAGUGCGUGCAUCAGGGACCGCUGUCCUGUUCUCGACACAGUGUCGAUAUUUCUGUUCGAUUGCCUUAGUUCAAACUUUCACGAAGCGUACGUGUAGUCCCGACUCAGUGUGUCUCGCAUGAGGGAUGUCGUCCCCUGCCUUUAGUCCUUGCCCGAGUCCGCCCAGCCUUUCCUCCGAAAAUAAUUUUUCCGUGGACAACCUGUGAGCGGCGCCGCUCGGCUCACACGCAGCCGUCUACCUGUGCAGACAGCCUUGUGCACUUGCAUGUACACGCAGAGCUGGGUGUAUUCGCACCUGCUCGUGUAGCGUACACACACUACCCUCCUUCGGAUUCGCCUCCCAUAUCAGUCCUCCACUCGCUCUCCGGUUCUCGUCCGCUCUCCUUCGCGCCUCCCUCGAUGCCAGCCGUUCUCUAACUUCUUCGGAUCGGGUCUCUACACACGCAGGAUCUCAGUGCGACGGAAGCGGCUGAAAGCAGGGCAGAGAACAGGUGCUCCGGCACAGUCGAGUAGCUGGGGACCCCAGCAAGAGUAGAAAACGCGGCUCUCUCCUGCCCCCCCCCCCUGUUUCACGAGUUCGCCUCGAUCUGAAAAUCAAAAUGCAUGCAGCCAGUGAGUCGAACGGGGACCGAGCGGCAGGCUCGUCCCCAGGAGGCCCGCGGGCUUGUGGAUCUUCUCUCUUUCCGUCUCUCCCACCUUCUCCAUUGCGCCUCGCCUGCACACUCUCUAGUCUCAUUCUGCCUCUCAUCUCCACUGCCUCGGUAGACAGCAGCGACUCCCCUCGAUUUUCGUCACCAAGUCCGAACUCUGAAGCGAGGGAGAGAGAGACGGAGGAUCGUUUUCAAGCGCGAGAGAACAGAAAGACAGGUGGGGCGGCGCUCAUGGACGUGGCGCCUCGUGGAGUUCCGUUUCUGGAAGCGGAGAGAGAAAAAGAGAGGAGCUGCCUCACAAACGAGAGAGCUGGUUGCCCGGCGUCUCACGGAAACACAGGCGCAGAGGAGAGAGGCCUCGAGACAGUGGGAGAGUUCCCACAAACGCACACUCGAAUUUCGGCGAAAACGAGGUCGGGAAGCAGACUCGCUUGGCGGAAGAAGCACGCAGAGAAGAAAGAGAAAGAAGAGAAGACAAAGGAGGAAGAGGAGCAAGAUAAAGAAGAGAAGAAAGAGAAGGAAGAAAAGAAAGGGAGGGAGGAGACGAACUGCGGGGCCCGUCUGAACGGACAUGCUGCGAACACAGGGUGGUUUUCAGAGCAAAGCCAACCAGGGAGAGAAGGGGAGCUCAAUGGAUUCCUGGACGAGUGCCUCUCUUUCAUCAGAAAACCGAGAGAGAAGGCGCCGAAGGGCGACAGGCAAGAACCGACGGGUGACUUUUUCUGUCUCCAAAAGAAGACUGGAGAGCCGGCGGAGCUCGGAGAAGACCAGCGAGCAGACAGCGAGAGAGAGGACCCGAGAAGGAACUGGAAUGAGGAGAAGUCGCCCUGUGAGAGCGAGAGAGGAGGAACGAGCGACGACGUCUCCUGUCUCUGUCUUUCUUCCUUCUGCGUGGAUGCGGCUGCAGCUCCCGCGCGGCCAGGAGCGGAGACCGAGACAGGACGUGUGACGAGAAAAAAGAGUGUAGACACCGCUGAGUUCCAAUUUCGGUUUCCUUCCGAGCUUGUUGCUGCUUGUCCAGGGUCUGUAUUCGUUUCGAAGAGAGUUGAGUCCUUCUCAAAAACGGCGAAGGUGGAGAAGGAACCCUAUUUUCUUUUCGAGGAGAUGAAUUCCUGUCAGAACGGUGGGCCUCCCUUCUCUGAAAAAGACGAGAGAGGCGAGAGGAAGCAGCGCCUCGUAGGUUCUGCUCUCAAAAACGAGAAAGAGAGGGAGGAGGACUCAACGCACGACUGCAGUGCCUACACGUCAUUGUCAUCUUUUCCUUCCCUAGGGGAGACCCCCCACGACGACUCGUCUUCGGUGGCUUCUUCGGUUUCCUCUGCCUCUCUCUCUUCCGCCUCUGUGUCUCCCCCCGCCGCGGAUCCGCGUCACAGCCCGCUGUGUGACACAUGCACAGACACCGGACGACGCGAGAGACGGACGGAGGAGAAAGCGGACCGGCGGAGCUCCGAGAAGGGUUUGUUUUCUGCCUGCAUGCGCUCGCGAGGACAGGGAAGCCCGCGAGAACGGAGUAGCGUUCGAGAGACAGGAGAAUCCGUGUUGGCUUCAGCCUUCGCGGGAAACGCGUGGUCAGCGGCGACGACAGGGCAGGAGGCAACGUCACGCCACUGGGCGUCUCCGCACAAGCGCUGUGGAGAGACAGAGGGAGAGCCGAAGAGGAACACAAAAGAAGAGAGAAAUGGAUUUUCUUCAGUCUCAAACCCGAGGGCUCGCAAAUCGACUGUGCCGUGCUCCCGGGCUGAAGUGGAGCAUGAGCGAAUGGUUAAGCACGCGGUGUCGAUGCUCCGCUUUCUCCAGCGUCUUCACGCGAAAGCGAAAAGCGGCUUUCACGGGCGGACGGGCCGCGAGGAACCCCACGAGGCAACGCAUUCCAGCUUUCCGCGUUGUUCCUCGCUUUCGGCCCUUCACUCGAUGUGUUCUGGGAAAAACAGCGACCGACAGAGGGUGAAAGAUAGUAGGGGUCCUCAAACGUGGCGAAGGUCUCUGGAUCGCUCUUGUUACGACCUCUCUUCUUCUCGCCCUUCUUCUCUCGCUUCUUCGUCGCGGGGGCUCGCGUCUUCUUCCCCACGUACGUCUUCGUCUCAAGGGCCGUCUGGUUCGUUUGAGCCUUCUGCAUUUCCCUCUCCCAGUUGUGGCGACCGCUUGGAGACGGCGACUGCCGCUGGGCAGGGCGAACAGGAGGCGGCGGUUGAAAAAGGCCGACGUAGAGAUAAAGGAGAGGAUGAGGCAUCUAGGACGAAGACCCUUAUCCCGAAAGAGACUGACGAAAAUCUCAAGAGAGUCUACUCGCUUUUUGAACGUCGGAGAGGGCGGCGCACUCCCAGCGCGUUUUCUUUCUCUUCGCAUAAAGGAGACGGACGCUGUCGUUUCCAUGUCUCGACGACGCAUUGUUUGGCGGAGCAAGCAGCAGGCGGGAGCUCAGUUGAGAGAGAGUGCAUGCGGGAUCUCACAGGCGACAGGGAAGACAGAGACAAUCGGUGCAAUGUACGUACACCCGGCAAAGACACUCGGGACGUCGCUGGCACGUCAACCGCGAGGACGCUCAGAGACGAACGGGGUGCUUGCAGGGGGGGCGAAACUCCUUUUUCCGUUGUGUCGCGCAGUGGAGAAAACCGUGCAGAGGGAUUUAGAAAAUCGGUUACGUAUCCAGGUUUCCAGACGGUUCCGUCUUUUUCCGGGUCACGCAGAGCCCCUCCGAUGGAUGGGAAGCCUUGCUUCGAGUGCAACGACAUCUGCGCGGUUACCUUGCAGUUGCUGGGUCACCAGGGCGGCGGACGGCGCGCGUUCAACGCGCUGACAGAAUCUAUUUCUCCACAGAAGUGUUGCUUCUAUGACAAAGAGCGAAAGAGGGGAGCGGAGACUGUCUCCUGCCCAGAGCACGAACCUGCCUUGGAGAGCAGACACCCUGACUCGCUUCUCGCCUCCUCGUCCGCUUCUCCGUCCACCUGCCCCCGUCUUGUCAGAACGUACACGGAUGGACCUUCUUGGGGCAGCUCGGGCGCCCACGUGAGGAGCCGGCGAACUGCAUGUUCCGUGGAUGCGGCAAAGGCCCUUGCGGGCGCGCCGCGAUUUAGUCGAAGAGACACGGAGACAGCGGGGCUUAUAGAAGGGGACACGGAGACAGUGGGGUUUAUACAAGGAGACACGGAGACCGUGGAGGUUACCGGAGGCAAGACAGCUCUCGACGGGGAGAGAGAGGCGUCGGAGACAAACGGGACACGGCGGCGAGGAACGAAGGCGACACACGAUGAGGGGAGAGUGAGGGAUACGAACCGCGAGGCGGCGAUCGACGCGAGGACAGAGACGAAGAAAACGCCAGCUGCGUCGGCCAAGACAUUGGAGGAAGCGGUGGAGAAGAAGAAGGCGGCAGUGGACAAAGCUGAGGGGGACGAGACGCCGACGGCAGAAAGGGCAAGAGACAGAGAGGAGCGGGAGAGGGGGGAAAAUCGAGGAGUGCGAUUGUACCUUAAGAGCGGGAGCAAGAAGAAGGCAGUUGAGGCAGACGGUGGGGUCUUGCAGGAGAUCGAGGGUGAGGUCGGCGGACCACCAGAAAAGGGAGAAGAGGACCCUAUUCACCCGAGGAGCGUGUGGGAGGAUGUAGGGAAUCUGAGGACACAAGCAGGGGAAGAAACGCGAGGCCGCGAGGAAGUCGCGGACGAGGAGAGAGAGCGCGAGACGGGAGGGACACCCGGUCGGAAGAAGACGGCCCGUGAGACAAGAGAGGGAGGUUUCGAAGCAAAUCAAGAGGGCGAACGCACUCGCCAGAGUAGCGAACAAGACCCACCCUCCUGGCUGAGGAAGGUCGCAGCGACAGAAACGAAACAAGGGCGAGAGGCGAGAGAAGAGGGAAGAGAGGGAGACAGCGACGAACAAGGAGCCAAGGAGACACACGACGCGAGAAACCGACGGGACAAAGAGCAGUCCAGAAAGAGGAGGGUAAGUGAGGCUGGAUAUCCGGAAAUGGACAAGACGCUCGGAGCGGCGUUUCUCGAGAGUGGAGAAAAAACCAACAACACGAGUGUUGUAGCCUCUUGCCCUUCGAGAUUCGAGGGAAGACUAGACAAGUGGGCAGAGACAGGAGACACAGACACGGAGCAGAGUCUUCUGUGCGCCGCCGUCACUCCAAACGCAAAACGAAACCUGGCGAAAGAGGGUCCAUUGCAUGCACCCGAGAACGCCGUGCAAGACCGCGAAAGACGCGCAGCCUCCUGGAGUGCCGGUGCCUGUUCUCUGCCUUCUUCAUCUUCUGGAAGGAAGUCACACGGGGGAGAACAAGGAGAUCCCGAGAGAGAGACUGCACGCAGAGACUACUUCUUCGCUGCUCAUCUGCCGGUCGUCCCAAGCCCGCCUCCACCCGUCUCCGACCCUCCAGAGCCGCCGACGUCCGCGUCUGCUUCUGUUCGUCCCCCUCACCAGAACCCAGCGGGAGACGUUACUUGUCUGCGUGUAGAGACAGGAAAGGAAGACCCUCAGGUGCUUGCAGCGCCCGCCUGUGGGGAAAGGCAGUCUGCAGAAAGUCGCAGCUCGCGCAGGAGUGGAGAGGAAGGUGCUGAUGAGAACGGGAAAGCAGGGACGCGGCGGCGUCUAGGCGACUCUGUGCCAGGCCAGGGGCCUGGGGGACCCGGUGAACGGGCUACAGGAGGCGCAGGUGUACGUACACCCGAACUCGUCGUUCGCUGGACCACCCCCGGCGCCGAGGUCGUUGAGGUGGCGGGCGCCUUUUCGAUUCCUCCGUGGUCAGAGCGGAUUCGGCUGCCUUGGCACCCCAGAGAGCACUGCUUCCGCCUGAAUCUCCUGGACGUCUUCUCGCCUAUCCUCUUGAACGCUCCAGCCGCGACGCGCCGGGACGCAGGGUCUUGCUCGAGGGUGGAGCCUCACGAAGAGACAGUCUCCGAGCACGAAAAAGGCCCGGCAAGUCCGGAUUGGAGGGAGGGGGCGUUCUCGCCUCUGGCGUCUCUGUUUUCUGGCGCGAGGCUCUGGAGGAGCACACCGAGCCGGGAAGACACGGACAGAGACCCCCCCGCCGCCUCGCGGGAAAGAGAGACAGUUCUGGCGUCUCCUGUCAGAGAGGCCUCUGCACCUGUCUGGGUGGCCGCUGCGAGCAACGACGGCCUCGCCAUCCUUCACGUGCAGUUCAAGUUUAUUGUCGAUGGAGAGUGGAAAUGCAGCGACGUAUUCCCUGUGAAAGAUGAUGGCAGCGGCAACCUGAACAACGUCGUGGCUCUCUUCCGCUCUCGCCCGUGUCAAUCUUCCUUCUUGGGCGCGCGCGAAGACCGCGAUCUUCUGCCGCCCUCAUACAAUCCGUCGAGGUCGCCGGCCUGUCUCCCCCCAGACGUUUGGGAUGCUUCUUACACAAGUGCUUCCUUCUUCUCGCCCGCGGUGCAGCUCUCCUCGGCGCUGUCAGUCUCUUCCUCCUGCUUCUAUCCGAACUACAACGAGGCGCUUUCACGAAGCGACAGCGAGGACGCGUGGCGACGCGUCAGACAAAAGACCCAGUUCGUUUUCUACUCCUACGAUCGAGGCUGCCCCUGCAUAUACGACAGAGAGAAGGAAGAGAAGGAAGACAGGUACGUGGUCGAAGGAGAAACCGUCAGAGGAGCCGCGAACGAGGUGUCUCAAGUUCAGGCGACAACGAGAUAUCACGCAGAAAGACUUCCUUCCAACGCAGAAACCCCGCCUUCUUUGUAUUCUACUUCUUCUGCUUCGUAUGCGUCGUCUUCUCCUGUGCCUCCUUCCUGGAUUUCCUCUUCUUCUUGUGUGAGCACGGAGAAAGAGUUGGAUUUGGGGUCGGUAACUCGAGGUCUUCUGCGGGGCGGGUUCAACGUUCAGCUUCUGUACAAAGGUCUGUCUCCGUUUUUUUCGAUUUCUUCUGCGCGUAUCGGCGCCGAAGUUGAGCCUGGACACAAGCCAGAUUUUUCGUCGGAGCAAAGGGCAUGCUCGCCGUCCUAUGCGCCUUCCGGAAAGGCCCCCAUCUCUACGCGGGGACAUUUGAGAGGAGCAGCCGCUGAUCAAGGGAAGUUUCCCUCGGCCUCACAGGUCGAAGGCAGCAGGUCAGGAGAGAGACCUGACCAGACGGGAGGGCGAGAGGAAGGCUCGAGCGAAGGCGCAUUGGAAGAAGAAGAAUAUGGAGAGGGAGAGUGGAGGCCGAUGCUCGGAAGGGAACUAUCAACAGAGAAGCUGGACAACGACUGGCUCUGCGCCGAGGGAGGGGAAACAGAGAGCCCUCAUGUGCCUCCCUCAGAGCAAAACAGGAGACCUGCGAGCGUCGCGAGAAGCAAAGAAGGACAAGAGGAGAUGGACGUACGAGAGAAGAGAAGUGCCGGCAGCGAGGGCGGCGCAGUUCCCGGAAAUCGAAAGAAGACGAGAAACGCGGCCGCUGGCGUCUCGCCACCUUCCCACCCGAGCUCGGAUCGUAGGCAUUCACCCGGGAAAAGAGACACCCCUCGCAGUCCUUCUCCUUCAGCUUCGUAUGCUUCUCCUUCCUUGACUUCUUCUGUUGCUGCUGCUCCUUCUUCUACCGCUUCUUCCACCUCCUCUUUUUCUCCGAAGGCUUCCGAUUCGUCUGCUUCCUUUUGUGCCUCUGCCUUGUCUGCAUCUCUGUUCCCUUCUUCGUCACUGCAUGCAUCCCUGGCGUCGCUCGGGGCGGCGCCUUCGCUGAAGGCUGCCCUCAAAAGUUUAGAGGCGAAUGCACCAAAUGCGCAUGCAGAAGAGCGGACGCGGGUCUCUGCGUCGAACUCCGGGGGCGGACUGUCUUCUUGCAAGUCAAACGACGAUUUGUCUGCUUCUUCCACCCGGCCUGCUUCAGCUUCCUCGGGCGGGGACAGCGUCAUCUUUCGGCGGCUCUCUGCGUACGAACGUGGGGGCUUUGCGCUCGGGUCAGACAUCCAGGAAAGCGCGUUUGAGACUCGCCGCAGAGGCACGACUCUACCUGACUUGACUUGGCCCGCGUGCGUCCUCGGACACCUGCACAGACCGGAAAUUCUUCUCGAACUCCGCCAGCUCGACGCCGAGAGGCAGGCACCGGGCAAGGCGAAGAGGCGGCGGGAGGCUCUCAAACGUCAGAGAGAAAAGAAGGAAACUCGAGAAGAAGAACGCGAAGGCCACACGCGUACCUGUUCAGGCCGGCCGCAAGAUUCGCGGGCGCCACAAACGCAAGUCACGCAAAAGGAAGUCGGGGACAAAAGGCGAGACGAGGACAGCCGAGAGAGUGAAGAGGGGAGCCAGCACAGCGGAGAGAGGAGCGAAGAAACCGGGGAGAGAAGAGGAAGCAACGAAGAAGAAGAGAGAGAUAAUAGCGAAGAGAGUGAAGAGCUGAGCGAGACGACUGAGGAUGAAUCUUCUGUGGGUUCGGUAGAAAAGACUCGGCUGUGUCUCCAGUGUGGGGCGUACAUGUUGCCGCACCCAGACAAGGUCGAGAGCGGAGGGGCAGACGCGUUUUUCAUCGCGUCUUGUCCGAGGAACACGGAGCUCAGAGACAAGAUCUCUGCACUCAUUCCGAAAAUGGGCAACAAGAGCUUGUCCGGCUCUCAGUCCUCUUCGCCCUUCGCCGCGCCGCCAAGCCGUCGAGACACCCGAGGUCUCAGCGCCUCAGCCACUGCUGUCUGCGUCGGAGUCGCCGACGGGGUCGGCGAGUGGGAAAGCUUCGGCCUCAAUCCUCGCAUGUUUGCAGAAGAGCUGAUGGUCGGCUGCUGGCGAGCCGCGGUCGCGGAGCCGUGGUUCUGCACUUUCGGCGAACAGAGCCGAGAGAGGACAGACUCAGACUCUGCCGACUCGAGACCAACCGAGUUCGUGAGAGACUUUGACGGCGAGACUCUCGUGGAGACAGUGGGCGAGACUCUCGUCGAGACAGUGGGCGAGACUCUCGUCGAGACAGUGGGCGAGACUCUCGUGGAGACAGUGCGGACAGAAGAAGGAGUGGGGGGAGGGAGAGAGCGAGGCAGGAGAGGAGAGAGGAGCACAGACGGACGAGGCGAAGGUGAGGGGGGAAGACGGGAGGAAGAGGAAGAGUUGUGGGAGCAGAGGGGGUUCGAGAGCGUGUCUGCUUCCUUAUUGUUUCAGGAGAAACGAAUCGAAGGCACAUCUAGACCCGCCUUGUCUUCACCUGCGUAUCAGGGAGGCCAGAAUACUGCCUGUGUGAACGUACCACCGCCUUCGGAGAGCGCCUGCGACAGGAAAGGCGUCGAAGUGAAAAAACAAAAACACCCUUGUUCCCUCUCUUCUCAACGACUUCUUUCUUCUUCUGCUUCUUCGUCGGCUCGGGCUGCUACUUCCUUUACUUCUACUUCUUCUUCUGCGUCUGCUUCGUCCGCAUCUGCUUCGUCCGCGUCUGCUUCGUCCGCGUCCCUGUCUUUGAGUCCAUCCCCGUACGUGUCUCCUUCGUCGUCGGACGCAGUGUCUGGGGGUCGUGUGGACGAGGCGGCGCGAAAGGCGUUGCACAUUUUACAGUCGGGGUUUAAAGAGACUCGAAGUUUCGGGAGUUCCACGGCGCUGGUGGUGUGUCUCGACGGCCUGCGAGGGCGGCUGGGCGUGGCGAGUCUGGGCGACAGCGCGGUGAUGGUCCUUCGGCGCGAGAGGCGACAGUGGCGCAUGACUUGUGCCCACCGGUCUCAGGAGCAACAGCACCAGUUCAACUGUCCUUUUCAGCUAGCUUGUUUGCCGCAGCCGAGCGAGUACGGCGCGCUCGUGGCGCAGGGGAAAGGGAUGCUGAUUCGCGUUCUGAGAAACGCAUCUGUUCUCCCUCAAGACACCCCCGAGAUGGCGCAGGUGUACUCGGUCCACGCCCAGGAGGGAGACCUCGUUCUUCUCGGCACCGAUGGCGUCUUCGACAACCUCUUCGACCACGAAAUAUGCGCUCUGGCGAACCUCGCUCUCAGCCCCUACGAGGCGGAAAUCUUGGGCGACCCAAACAAGACCACCAGCGCCCAAGCCGUCGCGGCAGCCGUCGCAGAAGCUGCUGCACACAAGAGCCGAAAUCCCAUGGCAAAAACGCCUUUUAUGAAGCAUGCGCGGCGAGCAAAAACCCACUUCAUGGGGGGGAAAAUGGACGACAUUACAGUUGUCGCUUGCUGGGUGACCUGUGGGGCUGAGACAGGGGCGGAGAGCGGAGCGUGUCACCACGCGACUUCUGGUGCCUGUGCUUCGUACUGAAGUCUUUGUGACCAGAUUGGGCUCCAGGUCAAAGUAGCGGGCCGGCACAGGGGCACCGGCUCGUUGGGCUCCACUGGUGGCCAGUCCCGAGAGGGCGGAAGGUCCUUGAAACGCCAACGAGGCUGUCGGCGCCUGUAGGGGUGGAGUGUCUCUCAGAGUUGAAUUUGGAAAGCAGGAGUGAUCACGAGGGAGGGGUUUCUCUCUGGAUUGGUAUGGAGAAAGAAUUCUGUUGGGACUGUCUUCAAUGGAAAGCAAGAGGAUGGUAGGUUGGGGAAAGUGUGGUAGAUCCGUGGUUGUGGCGGCAAGAAGAACAACUUGUUUCGGUGGGUUGAAAGGGGCUGAGAACAUGUGAGGAAGAUUGAUGAGUCUGGUAGAGACGAAACACAGGACAAACUGGAAACAAGGCGACAAAGAGGCAUACGGAAGAGACCGGCAGAACGGCGAGUGGAUCACGGACACAGAGGCAGCACUCACUGAUGAUGAGGUAAAGAGAAACGACGAGGACGGAACAAAGAGAUUGAAGGUAGUAAAGGAGUUUCGUAGAUGAGGAGAGACGGGUGACGUGGUGGGCGAGCGAAGGAAAGACGAUGGAGCGUCGCAAAAAGGAGACAGGAAGUUGAGCAUGCGUCGCGUGAGCUCACGUGAAGACUGCUUUCGAGAGUUAGAUGCUAUGUUUCGUGGCACUGAAAAAAACGCCUGCGACAACCGGGAGUGUGCUGCUGAUUGCAUUUCAUGUCCAGCCGUAAUGUUGUUUGCUUCACGUAGUCCGAUUUUGUAUGGGCACGUGGAGGCCGCAACUUCACUACCCUUUACGGUAGGACGAUUGGGGCUGUUCGUAGUUGUAAAAAGGCAAGUCUGUUUUCAGUAAAAUCCCGGUGGCUCUGACACCCAAACACCUUGAGGGUGUCUACACAGUCGCCGUCUCCAUAGAACACUCAGGUGUUUACCUGAUGCUGGGAUAACUUCCUUUUUGCUGCUGGAAAGAGCAAAAGAGGUUCAGAAACAUGCCUUUUGCAUGCAUGAUCCUUUUGAAGUGGUGCAUUUCAACUAGACGCGGCGGCGCCAUGUGAGUGACUCGACUUCGACCCCGCAGUCACACAGGUUUCUCAUGGGUUUCCUGUACACAGCCUUUGUGGAGGAG